AUGGCAAGAAUUAAGAACGAAUCUAUGACCAUUAGUAAGCCCUGCAUGGGAUUAUUUUUGCAGGGUGGGGUGAAGGCGUUAUCUGUCGUGGAAGCGGGUGUCGACGUUUUGUUGAUGAUAGUGGGAACGAUUGCCAUAUUUUUGGUCAUAUUGCGGACCGAAUUUCAAAACGAGAUGGAGGCUGGAUCUUGGAAAUUUUAUGCAAGGAUUAUUAGUUGGGGAUACUCGUAUUUUUAUGCGUUUACAUGUAUUACCCUUUCGCACAGAUUGUUCUCUUAUGCGUCGCAGCGAAAUACACGCGGGGUCUAUUUCUGCAUCACGAUUCCCGGAAUUAUGCAUAUUGGCUGCAUCCUUAACUUUGGGCUUUACACAGUUUUCGUGAAAUGGUCACAACCCGCCGUUAUGACAGCAUUUUUAGGAUAUAUCUUUUACAAGUUUUACUUCUUCUGGGUGACCAUUAGUUACUUCAGAGACAUAAAUCGUAGUGGACUAUUAAAUCCGGCAUUGAGACAGUUGUCGGAUGAGGAAAUUGAAGAAUUUUAUUAUGGAAGUAAUCCAUCCGAGGGGAGUGAUAAAGUUUCCUUCAUCUGGGAGCAUUAG